CAGCACCAAGAGCAAGCAUACAAAUGGCAAUGCGGGCGGUCCUGUUAGCACAUGUCUUCUUGAGCUGGUGACAGUCACAAUGUCACUAAAGCUACUCGUCUCGAGCCUGUUCCCCUGUUCUCUGUAGAUAUGGCCUCGGCGGCAUUGGCUGGGCCGUCGUUGGUUCCUCCUCCUUGGUCCAUUCAAAUAGAAUUGCCCACUUCUUCAAGGGAACGUGUUCAGCCGGAUUAUCUUUUCAGCGGUCAGCGGACUUGCCUUGGGUCAACUCGUGCAAGGGUUUUUCUCCCUACCCUGACGGUCCCUCGAAUAGCUGGCCGGCGUAAAGUAGACACGAGGCAUGGAAGUCUUGUCACCAAUUUGCAAAUUGGUAGCAAAGGGUCGUUCCUGGGUAGCAGCACAUGGUCUGGGUCAGUGCGGCACAUGGUUCCAAGAUCUCCCAAGGGGCGUGAAAGCUGUAGAUGCACUGCUUUCAACCAUGAGCCGACGGAGGCGGGGGCGGGCCUCCCGAAACAGUAUCGAAGCAGGGUGGCUCAGGAAACAUCCACGAUGACAUCUGUCCCGCGCCUCUCCGCCUCCCGUCACUAUGAGAACGUGCUCGCCAUGGUGGGAGUCUCGGGUACGGCGCUCUCGACCCAAGUGUCAAUAGCGAUGCUUCCGGUGGCGGAGACUCUUAUCCGCGAGAAGGGCCUUGAGAACAAGGAGGGCGCGCCACUUGUUGUGAACGUUGGCAAAUCCGCGCGCGAUAACCAUCCCUGGCUGCCGGUAUAUACCCGGGUGAUAGUCCCGGUGGAUGAGCUCUUCCGCUCGCGGGAAAGUUUCCGAUCUAUGAAAGCGGAUGGCUGGAUGAAAAGGGCGGCGAAGGUGUACCAAGCUGGGCCGGACGUUCCGGAAGCGCUCCUCGAAGAGAAAUUGGCGCGGGAUGAAACGCGCCGCGUGCGUGUCGACCAGAUUGCUGAGGUUGCGGUUGGGUUCCGGCCCCCCGGGCAGUGGGAGAAAGCGCAAGUAGAUUACAGCUUCGAGCUGUGGCACUCGCCCCGGCCCUGGCCGGUUGACACCGUGUUCUUGCAAGGCUCCAAGUCGUUCCUGGUCUACUUGAGCCAGUCUCUAGCGGCCUACUCCUUCUGGGACGUUCUCCCUCCUGGCGGCAGGGAGGUUGCAAACGAGGACCCCAGUGAACAGAGCCCUUCCGGCUUCUUGGGGGCCCUCGAGAACCUGCGCCAAGCACUCGCGGCCCCCUUCCGAGAGCCCGACGAAGCCCCCGCCCCCGAAAGCUGGAUACCCCGCGCAAGUCACCCCGUUCGCUUCUGCACUGUGUCUCCCUCCCCGUCUCCUCACGCUGUCGUAGCUGCACCGGCGUCUGAUCCCGGAACCGCACUCGAUCCCAUCGCUGAAGAUGCGGCCUACAUUCAGGACACCGUGUUGGCGGCGAAAAGAGAGGCGCGGGAAUGGUGGCCGCUUCCAGAGUCCGCUGCGGAAGACAUUGCCGUGCUUCAGCAGGCCGCGCAACUGGACGAGUUCGCUCGGGCAGUCACCGGACAGUCCGAAGAGCGUCCGGCAGUGCGGUCAGUAGGCGCGAGCACGUCCGAAGCGUCGGUGGGGGUGGCGGGGAUUAGUAACGGGCAGUUAAGGGAAGAUACUGGGCGGUUUGCAGAGACGAGUGAGCGGGGUGGGAAUGUUAGUGCGCAGUCGUCAGACACGGCCGCAGCAGUGGCGUCUGCAGAUCGCGCCACAUCGAAAAAGGCGUCAGAGAGACCCAAAACGGAAGAAAGUGUGAAUGGAACGGUAACCGCGGCCGCUAAGAGAGAGAGUACAACUUUCGUGGGAAGAUCAGAAAUGGAAGACGAUAAACGGGGGAUGACGGGACUAAACCUAGAAAGCGAGAGGGAAAUGGAGCUUUCUUUGGAACAAACCCGAGCGGCGGGAUUGGAGCAAGCCUCUACCAGCGGCAUGGAGGAGGCGACUCAUCUCGACCGUCGGAUUGCGCUCAUAUCGCCCCAGGACUUCCACGUGCAUCUAAUGCAAGUGGAGGGCCGUUUGCUGAAGAACGUGCAAGUCGUGGAGGGCUGGGAAACGGUGUGGCGGAUAGACAAGGACGGCAACCGGUCGUCGCUACCGAAAGGGACGCACAGCGUGGCGGAGGAUGACGUCAUCGAGCUGCUGCUGACGCACAGCCAGCUGGUGGACCUCGCGGAGGCGGUGGACGCGUUCCUGAAGGACAAGGCCACGUGGCCGACGGUGGACCGUCCGAUGCUGGUCAAAGUCCCGCCGCGACCGGCGGAGGCGCCGGUCAAAGUGGAGAAGACCUGGCUCUCCGAGCUCCCCAGACUAGUUCUUUCUGGCGCCCUCCUAGUCGCCCUCUCGGUUGUGAACAAGGCGUCUCUUCCUCGGAGGCAGAGCUACAAUCCGCAAGCCGUGGCGAUGUCUCAACAGCAGUCGGUCGAGACUCGACAACCGGCCCGCGAACCCCACAGGCGAAAGGUGGUGCUGCCGUCGAACAGCGACGUUCCCGAGGAGGAGAUGCAGCUGCUGUGCGACGCGGUGGCGACCAUGGCAGGCUUCUGGACGCCCGCUGAGGCAGGGGAAGAGCCGGCCAAAGAGCUCGUCUUCCAGGUGGUGGUGUCCCGGGACGGCGAGGUGGUGGGCUGUCGCCCCGAGAACUCGGCGGCGGUAGAGCAGUGGGCCGCGCUGCCGCUCUCUAAGGCUCUGCACCGGAAGCCGAAAACAAAAUUGCGCCACGCUCUCGUUGAGUCCAGCGUCCCGUACAAAGUCCCCGAGGAGGGCCCCGUCGUGAUCGAGUUGAGCCUGCUCCCAGACGGGGAGGUGAGGGCGCGGCCGUGGCCGGAGCUGCCGACAGGGCCCCCCGCCGCCCUACCGGGCCCCUCCAGCGUCCAACGGGAGCUGCUCGAGCUGCGAGACGGUGAGGACGAGUUAAGCGUUAACCAGGGGUUAGAGCAGGUUUUAGAAAGGCGGCUGCUCGUUUCGCGCUCGACCACGGAGGUGAGGGCGUCGAUAAGGGAGUACCUCGGACUGCCAGGGGUCUCGUUAAGUAGAGAGGAAACGGUGCGGUUAAGUGGGGUUCUGCCAGCUGGGUUAGGAGAAGACCCGCAAAUAGGGGAUGUGGAGACAAAUGUUGUGGAGGAGAUUGAGUUAGGAAAGUGGAGCUUUGGGGACACGGGUCUGAGGGAACGCUUAGAAGCGGAGAAGCGAAAGCUCGAGGAGGAGUUCGGGCUCGAUGGGAGUUUGGGGGAUGUGGAUCCAGACCGCCUAGAAGAGCAGAUCUGGAAGAAUCUGCAAGCGGGGGGGCUUGGUGGAAUUGAAGACGCUUGGAGGGAAGAGAUGAGGGCCAAAGCGAUACUAGAAGCGACCCGGGGAUCCGCCGACACGCAAGCGACGGAAAUUCUGGACAAGGGGGAAGACGCAGGAGAAGAGGAAUAGGCUUUUAGAUUGUUGUGUGCGGGCCAGGCUUGUCGAGAGCGCUCGACGCUUGGUUCUCUGCACGCUGCACACUGUCAAAGCAGGCUUAAUGCUUACUUCAUUGCGCAUUCAACUAAUUCAGUAGUCGUUGCCUAGGACAACGCGCUGCAAUCUCUUAGUAGCAAUCUUAUCCUGCUCCUCAUUAGUGCCUCGGAUAGCUGUCUAGAUAUGGAAAUUUGCAUCUCUAGGGUGCUUCAAACGCUACACAGUCUAUCAUUGCGCCAAGGCGAGAGUUUACAAUUGUCUUGAUCGAGGCUUGCUUCCAGUUCGAGAUCGGUUCAAUAUAAGUCAUAU